GAAGCCACCCUACGUAAUGGCUACUCUGUCGGGUAUUUUCUGUGUUAGCCUUUGUUAUAUUCCAAAGUUAGAUAAAGUUUAAAAUGAUAAAAAUCUUUUUUUUAAGUGAGAGGACCAGUGGACAAGUUUACACACUGUAUUCGAAGCAAAAUAUUAAAGAGCAAGAGGCGUGUUCAUUUUCCGGACACAAUUCGUUAAUGGGAAACGGAAAUGAUCAUAGAGAAGUCGACGUUUCUCUCUAUCGAUAAGUAAUUUUGACGCUGAAAGAAGUAUAACGCACAAUUAAAUAAAAUACGUACGAUUUAGGGAAAGUUACUAAACGGAAGAAUGUGUUUCACUUUCUCUGUGUAUCAAUAGUGCGCUGUGAUGCGUAAUCUUUUAAAUACGUGCUCUGUGAACCCGCAAGUUGCUUGGUGUUCUGAUGUGUUUUUGAAGCCGUGGUGUUUACGCCAUGACAGCUAACCUGUUUAUUGUUGGGCUUGCCCGUAUUUCGACAUUGUGUAUAAUGCACUCAAUUGUGGAAUAGGAACCAUCUCAUCCAGGAUCUCUUCAACGUCACCCUGGAACCCCAGCAGAUUUGCGUGUAGGGACAGCUGUGGCCCUUUCCAGUGUUGCCAAGUAUUGGGUUCUCACAAACCUCUUUCCCAAUCCAUUGUCACAAGUUUCAGUGUACGGAUUACAUCAAAGGCCUUGUGAAAAUGGAAAGCCAGGAGGUCAAGAGGGGCUGCCUCAGGCAUCUCAGCAGCCACCUCAGCCGCCUCAACCUUGCUUAACUGGCCCUCCUGGGAUUGGUGUGGCUUCUGAGAACAUGGCCUUGGUCCCUCAUCAUCCACAGCAUUCCCAGCCUCAGGUGCAGUGUGAUCUUCAGUUGGUGAACGCAGCGAAUGUUCAAAACAGUCAGUCUUCACAAAACUCUGAGCAGCUCAACGGACAGCAACCAUCAUCAUCAUCUUCUUCGUCACAACAGUCAUCACAGCAGCAGACAUCGCAGCAACAGUCAUCCCAGCAGAGUAUGGGUGUACAGAUUCCACAACCUCAGCAGCCUCCCAUGCAGCAACAUAAUCAACAGCAGCUCUCCCAGCAAGCACAAACACAUCCCUCUCAUCCUUCACAAGGUGAAAGAGGGCCAACAGGCGAAAUGCCUCCACAACAGCAGUCACAGUCUCAGUCACAGGCUCAGCAGCAGCAGUCACAGUCGCAACAGCAAUCUCAACAGUCUCAGCAGUCGGGGAACCAAGGGCAGUCUCAAUCAUCAUCUUCACAAGUUUCUUCGCAAGAAGUUGGUACUCAAAUGGAUUCCAGUCCAGAUCAAUCUGUAAAGGAUGAAAAACCUAGUACAAGUGGGUGCAAUAAGAGUGAACGAAGCCUGCCCAUGCCGGGUUUUCCAAUACAGGAAUUGAAAGGCCACAUGAUGGACAUCAGAACACCAGAUGGCAGCAUUGUCAAAAUAAGUGCUCCCGUGAGCACAGACCAAGAGUUGAGCAAGACUCUUGGUGUCGAGAUGGUCCAAAAUAUGUAUAAGGUAGUGUAUGAAUGUGAGAAGAGUGAUUGGUAGGCAGUCACACUAGUGCCAGGCCGAAGUAAGGAAACAAGUUCAACCCUGUCCCUGAAGCCGAUUCCUCAUGCUUAUAACCGUUAUCAAGUGAGCACUGUAGGUGUAAUUGCUAUAUCAUGAUGGCUUUUUAGAGAUGAAAAUUUCCUUGAACUGCAGAUCGGGAAAUGGCCAAGUAUUAGGAAUUGGAGGUUUUACAGAUGUAUACUUCCUGUUGAAUGUGGGGGAGCUACAAGUUGUUUUCUUACCUACAGGUUAAUGUAGAGGACAUAAACCAAUUACUGGCUUACCACGAGGUGUUCGGAAAACUGCAGAAUGAGAUGGCAGCUGCAGGCAAUUCGGCUAACGCAGGGCUGUCCGGAGGCAGUUCUUCGAGCAAGUCAUGUGGAGGGGAGAGUGGCCCUGCCAGUAGUAGUUCAACCUCCCAGUCAGCAGCCGCAGCUGCUGUCAUCUCCACUCCUGGCACCCACAUCUGUGACAUCUGUGGCAAGAUCUUUCCUUUCCGGUACCAGCUGAUUGUACACCGGCGCUACCACACUGAACGAAAGCCUUUCACUUGCCAGGUAUGCGGUAAGGCGUUCUCAUGUUCUGCUGAACUGAGCCAGCAUGGGAAGUGCCACCUUGGGGGUAGUAUGUACACCUGUGCCGUGUGCUUUCACGUUUUUGCCAAUGCUGCCAGUUUGGAGCGUCAUAUGAAGCGACACGCAACAGAUAAACCAUAUGUCUGCACUGUGUGUGGCAAAUCAUUUGCUCGUAAAGAGCACUUGGACAAUCAUACUCGGUGUCACACUGGUGAAACACCAUAUCGCUGCCAAUAUUGCGCCAAGACUUUUACCCGCAAAGAGCACAUGGUAAAUCAUGUUCGUAAACAUACAGGUGAGACCCCACACCGUUGUGACAUUUGCAAAAAAUCAUUCACAAGAAAGGAACAUUUUAUGAACCACGUCCUGUGGCACACUGGGGAGACGCCUCAUGCCUGUCAAGUGUGUGGCAAGAAAUAUACCCGUAAGGAACACCUGGCAAACCACAUGCGGUCUCACACCAAUGAUACACCAUUCCGAUGUGAGAUCUGUGGCAAGUCCUUUACUCGCAAAGAGCACUUCACGAACCACAUCAUGUGGCAUACUGGGGAAACCCCACAUCGCUGUGACUUCUGCUCGAAGACGUUCACCCGUAAGGAGCACCUGCUGAACCAUGUGAGACAACAUACGGGUGAAUCACCUCAUCGCUGUGGCUUCUGCUCCAAGUCGUUCACCCGCAAGGAGCACCUCAUAAACCACGUUCGCCAACACACAGGCGAAUCGCCGCACCGUUGCGAGUUUUGCAACAAGACGUUCACGCGCAAGGAACACCUGACGAACCACCUGCGCCAGCACACAGGGGAGACCCCGCACUGCUGCAACGUCUGCUCUAAGCCCUUUACCCGCAAGGAGCACCUCAUCAACCACAUGCGCUGUCACACAGGUGAGCGGCCGUUCAGCUGCUCGGAUUGCGGCAAGUCGUUCCCGCUCAAGGGCAACUUGCUGUUUCACCAGCGCUCGCACAACAAGGGGGUGGCGGCCGAGCGUCCCUUCCGCUGCGACCUCUGCCCCAAGGACUUCAUGUGCAAGGGCCACUUGGUGUCGCACCGCCGCUCCCACUCGGGGGACCGCCCGCACUCAUGCCCUGAUUGCGGCAAGACGUUCGUCGAGAAGGGCAACAUGCUGCGCCACCUGCGUAAGCACGCCACAGAGGGCGCGGGUGGUCCCGCGGGCGGCGGUGCUGGCGGUGCUGGUGCUGGUCCUCCACAACCUGGAGGUCCGCCGCCACCAGGUCCUCCUCCCCAACCCCACCAGGCUCCUCCUCACCACCACGCAGCCGGGCCUGGUAGCGGGCACGGUGUCGUGGCAGUACCUACCACCCAUCACUUACAGCAUCAUCCCCCACCACCACCUCUCCAGCCCCAUGCUCCUCAUACGGCUGUUGUUGUUCCAGCACCUAAUGGGGUGCUAACCACCUAUUAGUUCCAUGCUACCUCUUUGUCCAGGAGAAUAAAAUCUUCUCAUAAACAGGUUUAUUGUGGAGGUAAGUUUGCAAAUAAUGUUAAUUUGCUUAAGUGCAAAAGUGCUCUCUUCUUAUACAGAUGAUUUUUGUUGUUUUGAUUUCUUCUCUUGGGCAUAAAUAUCUUGCAAUUUUUAAUACUCCUCUGGCACAACAGAAGAGUAAAACUCUUCUAAAUUUUAUCUGGCUAAAUUUUUGCCUGCAAGCAAAAAUUUGAGUUAAAUUUGUAAAGUGACUCACACUUUAAAAAGCAAUAAUUAAUUAUUGUGUAUACCUUCGAAUAUAUAAAUAACAUUAAAAAAUGAUCUACAUUAACAUGAAAUUAGGUUCAUUGAUAAUGUUGUUGAUUGUUUUGUGAUGAUCCUGGUGCUGAAAUGGAAUUGGUUCUCUUCUUUACCAACAUUGCUGCUUAUGUUAUUUUCUUUACUGCUGUAAUGGUUUUAACAAAUGUGAAGGAUUUUUUAUGCAUUUCUAGGUGAAGGGUUUUUAAAAUCUUGAUUUGCCUAGACAUUCAAUGUGGUUUUUAAUUCUUUUUUAAAAUGAAAUUAGUUUAACACAUUCAGUGCAACAAAUUUCAUGCAAUUUCAAUUUUUUUCAAAUUCUAUCAUGUUUGAAGAAUUAUCACUAUUAUCUUGCAUGUGCAAUAUAGGAAUCUGAAUCAUUCUGUUCCCUUCAGUGUAUUAGAUAGUUGCAAGACAAAUAAAUAUUGUGAAGUUACUGAAUAUACAUGUAGUGAAGUGCAUAAAACAGAAUGAGUACAGAUUACGUCAGGGAGGGGAAAGAGAGAAAACCAUUCUCUGAAUUUUUAACUCUUGCUAUUAAAAUGAGAUUUGGAAAUACUCAAGAUAAUUAUUUUUUGCCACUCCAUGGUAGAGCUAAUUAACAUUGAAUUAUACCCCUCUGGAGUAUGUUGGCAUGAGCAAAGAAUGCAAAUUAACACAUGCAGUAUUACAAAAUAUCAUGAAUAUCUUUUUUUUCCUGUCUGAUUAUCUCCAAUUAAAAUUUUCAUUAAACGAUAACCUACACCAAUAGGUAUUUCAUUUGAAAUUCUUAAAAUUGUGAGAAGUCUUCUUCCAUCAUGCUAUAGGCUUAAGUUGAAUUUCCUUACUUUUCAUGCUUUUGCUUCCCUAUCAUGAACACAAAAAUGGUUCCAUUUUUUUCUUGAUUUUGAAAAGUAUUUGAAGUCAAGAGUUAAAUAAUAAUUAUAAUCCUGUAUUUCUUUUAGAGGUGUGUUUUUAGCAGAUGUUAUUUGGUUAAAUCUAUAUGUGAUAAGAAGAGAGCAUAACAUGUGGAACAGUUUUUUUAUUUGAUAGAGCUAAAUUUUUUAAGAUCUCGUUACUUUGUUUGAAGUAUUUUUAUUGUUUUCAGCAAGUGCAUACUCUCGAAUCUUGCCAUUUAAAUAAUAGAAAUCACAUUUUUUAAAUUUUUAAAAAAUUUUUUUUGGCACUUCGAGUAUUUCUUUGUAGGUGUUUUAAUACUAGAUGUAGGAGAUGACACUUUAUAUAUAUAUACAUAUAUAUUGUACAUAAAACAUACACAUGAAUUGUGUGAUUAGAUAAAUAUUGUUACAUAACAUUUCCAAGUAAUGUGUCUUUAAAAACUUAUAGUAUUAUCUAUGAAACAUAUUAUUCUACUUGUGAAAUUUGGUAGAUGAAAACUAUUUGUUGAUACAUAUUGUAUUGCAUGUCUUUUUAAUUUGAGUUAGUGCCAUGUGCUUUUUGAGUUUUAGGAAAUUCGAAGGAAAUAGGUUGGUGUGUCUGACAUAUGUAUGGUGAGAUUAUUUUCUCACUGAUCAUAAAGCUUACACAUCUUGACUUCAAUAGAGAAGUGAAUUUUAAGUGCGAUGGAAUAGAUAAGUAUGAAAAAUGGUGCAAUCUUCAUAGUGCUUAAAACUUGACAAUAUUGACUCAACAAUUGUGGUUCAAGUAGUUCAUUUUCCAUGUGUAUGUAGCUUUGAGAAUAUCCCCUUAUAAUACUGUUUAGCUUAUUGCUUGAAAAUUGAAAAGACUAUAUUGGUGUUGUGAAGUGAAAUUUCAUUGGCAUUCAGUCAGUGUGAACCUGUGAAUUGGUGUAGGGGGUCUACUGUAUAGAGGAGGAAAAAAUUCUGAAACUUUUUCAAAAUUUCAUGAUUUUAUAAGUUUGUAGAAUGAGGGAAUAAAUACCAUGCACUAAUUUUAGAAUAAAAUGCCAGGACUACAUGAGACCAGUUUUACUUCAUGAUGUUGGCUAUCGCAAGAAAUGCGUAUCUUAUGUUUUCAAAGAGACAUUAACUGUUAUCAGCUUUGUGUUUUUUAUUUUGGAGCAUGCAUUGAGCAAAACAUUUUUAUUAUUCGGUUUUGAUUUAAUUACACCUACCCUUAGAGGUAAAAUGUAUUACAGGAUGUUUAGAUAAAUCUUUUGACCCUUAUAUCCAAAUCAAAUUCUUCUUGGUUCUUGUAAAAGAAUGGUUUUCCAGGUGCAAUUUAUUCAUAUGUAUAUAUGGAGUGUAUAAAAUAUUCCAAGGCCAAAAAGCUGACUGACUAACAAGGCAAACUUUAUUUGUGUGAAUGAAUUAUUUUAUUACUUAAAAAGAAAAUAUAACAUUUUAGAAUGCAUUGUUGUUACAUAAUGUUUUUGUUCCAAAUUUUGGAUGUAUGUGAAGCAUUUGUGUGAAUGAUCCAGUGAUCCUGAAUUGGUGAUGGAUUGUAAAAAUUAUGGAAUAUGGACUUAGAAUGGUCCGAUAUUCUGAAUAAAUCCUUUUCAAGGGCUUUAACAUCCUGCAGAUUCGUUUUAAGUUUUUUCUAGUCAUCGUAUUGAGGUGCCAUUUUAUAGGUAAUUUUAAGGAGGUUGGAAAUGCACGAUACAUGGCACAUUGGCAGUUAGGUAUGGGUUGGUAUUUGCCCUAAAUUCAAGUAAAGUGGUAAGUACUAAAAAUAAAAAAUAAAAAAAAUUAUAAGUCUGUGGAUUUUUGCCUUUUUCUGCAUUAUAUCUCGAUAGUUAUUUAAAGUAGUUUUGUUUGAAAUUGCUGUUUUGUUAAAUGUGUGAAAAUGUUAAUUAUUUCAGUGCAUCUUAUGUACACCAUUAAGUCUGUAAACUGGUUUCAUGUGGCAGGCAGGCAGCUCUUUGUUUGGUACGUUGGUCACAUUCUGAGGGUUGUUUCUCAGCAUAUACACAAGUCUGUGGUCAACGAAGUUUCAGAGGGAUCAUGCAGUUCUUUCAAAGGAUGGAAUCUGUGACCUGUCUUCCUCUCAGACAUUGCAUAUUUAGAAAAAUAUAGAAUUUUUCAAUGUGGGCAUUUUGAGGCAAAUGGUAUGUUGUCUCAUAAGUACAAUUAAUGGUCAAAAAGUUGAUUUAUAUUUCAUCUCUUUACAUUAAUAUGAAAUUCACUCAGUACAAAUAAGUGAACAAGUUGAUUUCAUAAGCAUCUACACUGUAGAGAUGAGGCUGCUCGGUAAAUAAGCUUCAACAAUAAUUAGUGCAAUAUUUCUACUUUUCUGUUUUAUUUUUAUUUGAGCCUUAUUUGAUAAAAUAGUGCUGAGAAAUAAUUCCUAAGUGGUGAUACUACCCAUUCCAGAUCUGAAGAUGCCAUGUGUAGAUAGAAAAGGUACUUGUGAAACGGUCUAUAUGUUUGAAAACUUAAGUGUAGAAUUAAAUUGUGCACUGUUUAUAUAUAAAUAUUUUUAUUAGUUUACUUUUAUGUUUGACGGAAUUUAGAUUUGAAUCUUGGUGAUGGUAUUCUAGGAAAGGAAAUAAGACAUUUCUUGUAGAUACUUGUAAUUGUUUAUUUUAUUAGAUAGUUAUUUAAAAGCUCUUACAAGUUUGUGGAAAUGUUGAGUACAUUUUUUUAUUAUAUAUAUAUUUUUUUUAAUUUUAAUGUUUAGUAGUUUAUAUAUUCAUACAAACAUAGAAUAUAGAUAGCUUCUGCUUUAGAAUCAAUGUAAAUACAAUUCAUUGUUCAGUUGCAAAGAAAGUUGAAGUAUUAAAGGUAUUUUUAUAGGUACACAUGAUACUUGAACUUUUGUUUAAAAUAAAAAUGUACUCAAAACUUUUACAAACAUUUUUCUAAGUACACAUACCCACAUAUAUAACCGUAUAAUGUAAUGAAAAAUUGUAUAAGUCUUAUGUUUAGAGAAAUAUUGAUGUCAAUUAAAACGAUUUUAAACUGUAAUGUGUUUGAUUCCAUGUUGACUAUUAUGCCGAUAUCCUUUGGGGAAUAAAUAAUGUGGAAUAAAAAGUAAUAGGGUUAUAAAAAGUAAUACGUUAAUGUUACAGGGAAUGGGUGGUCAGGAAAGAAUGUCUUGGAAUAAACUGUUAUGCAUACUCCUUGGGAAAGAUUUAAAACUUCUGGAGUAGCCACGUAAGUAGGUGACAAAUGAAGUAAUAUGACGCGUUCGUUUCUGUCUUAAAGUUCUGAGUUCGUUCCGUGGCCUUGUGAAUUUGUUGGGACCUGGAUUUUCAUUUAAAAAUACUUGUUGCCAGCGUUUGUAGUGGAUCUUAUUAAAGAGGAGUGUAAAGUUUAUAGCAUUGAUUAAUCCUUCGUAUACGUAGAUUUGUAUAGUCUUCGUAAAUAUAGAUUAUACAUUAUUUACCGAAUUGUGUACAUGUGACACGGGAAGUGAGUUUAACAGAUGUUAUAAAUUAUCCAUUAAAUUUAAUUUGGCAAAAUGGUAGUACUUGACGAAAAACGUGUAGAUUCGAAAAUUGAAAGUAACGAAGAAAGUAGCUCUAAAAGUGAAGCGGAUCAGAUAUUCACCGUCGAAAGUAUCCUUUCAUCGAUAUUACUGGUCAUAAGGUUUCAUUAUUCAAGUGAAACUAAAUUAAUUCUGAGCUGAAAUGUAGUAUUGUGUAUUUCAUGUAAUUCCUUAAAUAAUUUCAGUUUUUAAAAUAAUUAAAGAGGCGCAGCAACAGCAUGGAUUAAGACAUGGAGAUUAUCAAAGAUACAGAGGUUAUUGUACUCGACGAAUAAGAAGACUCAGGAAAGUUCUUCAUGUAACACAAGGAGACAAGAGACAUUUCAAGAAGAAAGACAUAACAGAUGCUAUGGUUAAAGAUGAAAAGUUGAGUAAUAAGAGCUGAUUUGUACUUUUAAACUUGGUUUGUAAACCAUUCAAAUUUAUGCAAUUAGUGCUGCAAUUGUAUUUCAUUUAAUGUUGAAUUAUUGGCCAGGUUUCUUCACAUUCCUUUAAUGAUGGCAGAAAGGGCGUGGGGCUAUGCAAUGCAAUUGCGUCAGGAGUCGAACACAGAACCUAGAAAGAAAUUUCAUUUAGUAUCUCGUCUUCGGAAAGCAGCAUCAUAUUCCCUUCAAUUGCAGAAACUUUGUGAGAGUACAAAAUGUGAUGCUCGCACAAAACUUGAAGCUCAAGCAUAUGUAGCAUGGAUUCAUGGCUCACUACAUUUUGAAUUGCAACUUUGGAAGCAUGCGAUGGAAAACCUCAAGAAAGCUCAAAUGGUUUAUGAGAAGUUGGCUCCAGCUCUAUCAGAAGAAGAUCAAGUGUUGUAUAAACAGCGUGUCGAGGAAUUGUCUCCAAGUUUACGAUAUUGUGCUUACAAUAUUGGAGAUGAAAGUGCUAUUGACGACUUGUUGAAAAUGAGAAGUCAUGGUCAAGGUGAUCUUCUUGCCAAUUUGGAUUCACUGAUUGCUCAAACACGGGAACGUCGGGCUGAAGUGCUACACGAUGUUGAGUGGCGAGGACGCUCAUUUUCUGUUCGUCCUGAGCGUGUUCGCUUGUUCCUUAUAUCGGAACAAGAAUUGGACACCACAAUAGAACGUGGUGAAGACAAUUCUGCAAAAAUUACUUUGCUUGAAAAUUUUCUAAUGGAUUGCAAAGAUGCAAUUUCUGCUGUUAAAGAUGAACAGAAGUCAGAAUUAAAUACAAAGGGGCGCCCACAGGCAGGUGCUCCUGUUUCCUCUCUUCAAUAUCUUUUGUCGUAUUUGACAAACAUUCGACUUACACGUACAAUUCAACGCAAUUUACUUAUGGUUGAGUCAACUCAGGCAGCAUUAGCUGACAAAAAUGAGAAUGCUGUAGAAGGACGAAAAGUGAGGCCUCAGGAUCUGACCCGUCUUUAUGAAAUAAUUCUCCAGAAUUUUAAUGAACUUCAGCAACUACCAGGCUUAGAAGAUGAUUUCCAAUAUCAACAAGAACUAGAAGAAAAAAUCAAGUGUUAUAAGGCUUUUAGAUGUUUUUAUAUCGCCCAAAGUUUGGCAACAUUACGGCGAUGGCAAGAUGCUAUGGCUCUGUACAAACGUGCAGAGUUGUAUGUAAGCCAAGCAUUGAAUGGGAAACAUUUAAAUGCUGAUUUAAAGGCCCAAUUGCUGAAGUUGAAAAAAAAUAUUGAAGGUGAAGAAUUUUCAGCUCAUGCUUAUAGUGUCCUUGAAGGGGAAACAGAAGAAGAUGAUAAUGGAAUAAUUAUUGGAGUUAAAGCAGGAACCCGGACCAAAAAGCCUUUAUCAGAACGACUCAGUGAAUAUAGAGAGGAUACUUCAUUAUUAUCACGCUCUCCUAAUGUGUACAAACUACCCCCUGAUAUGCGACCAAUUCCAUGCAAACCUCUAUUUUUUGAUUUAGCAUACAAUUUUAUUGAAUUUCCGUCAUUGGAAGAGAAAAUAGAAACUUCUGCUUCAGGAAGUAAAAAGGCAGGUGCUGGUAUAACUGGUUUUGUAAAAGGCUUGAUGGGUUGGGGAGGUUCUGGUAAAAAGUGAAAUGGUAGUAUGAAAAGUGAACUGAAACUUUUGUUGAGAAUAAUUGAGAAUACAGUUGGUGGAAAUGAAGUUCUUUUUAUUAAGGAGAUUCACAUAAUACAAUAUUUUUCAAUAUAUAAUAUGAAGUACUUGGUGGUUGGAUUCAAUUUAUCAAUUUGUAAUUUGUCUUCUCACUUUUUUAUUUUCCAAAAUUGCUUACAAAAAUGUCUUAUUUGGGAUUCCAAAGCUAUUAAUUUACUGAAGCUUCUUUAAAGUUUGAUUUCAUGUAUUCUAUAAUAACUGACUUGGCAUCUGGUUUUCUAUUGCACUUAAAAAAUUCCUAAAUAUUCAAUGCAACACUGAAACAUUUUUAAAUAUCUGUCUCUUUCACGACUCUCAUUACAUUUAACAGAUUAUAGGAAUAUUUUGACUCUACUCUAACUCUGAAUUUUCAUUUGUACUAAGUUUCCAUUUUUAGAAUACGUAGUUAAUUAAUUAAUAGAAGAAAAAAUAUUAAUCUUUAAACACCAGUGGACGAAGAACUAUUUGUUUUUUGCUUAAUAGUAGAACGAUUCUAUGAACAAACCUAACUGGAGUGUUUUCAUGCAGUUAGAUAUUAUGAUAGCUGAGACUGUUUGAAAAUUGGUCAAAACUAGUUGAUAGAAAAAAGACAAAUCUUUCUGUAAUAACGAUAAAACACAGAAAAAAUGUAUAAUUAUACACACAAUACGAAAGCUGCUUGUAAAAUAAUCAAAUAUUUAGAGGUAAUAAAUAAAACAGGAUACUGGUUCAAUUUGAAACAAAGUAUCCUUUCUCACAUGAGUUUAGGAAUUUGUGAUCCAGCUGAUGUUUUAACUCAUGUCACUUAAGUUCUCUGACAUGUAUUAAAAUUUAAGGAGUCGAGUUAAAGAAUACUGGGAAAAAUUAUUUUUUCUAGAGAAAUAUUUUUCAGGAAAGACAAAUUAAUAAGAAUAAAAUUUGAUCCACUUUAAUAUUCAGUUUAAGACAUUGAAGAUAACCCAUGUUUGUUUCUUUUUAUUAUUAUUAUUGAAAGCAUUCUUUAUUUUUGAAGCUUGUUGGGCAGACAAUUACUUUUUUAAUUCAUUUCCCUAAAUUGUUUGAAAAAUUUUUUGUCCAUUGCAGGUAAAAGUAAAAUAUGCAAUAGUUGAAUUAGUGCAUUUAGAAUUGGAAUUUUCACUUGUAAUAAUAAAGUAUAGAAUGCAUUUAUUUCUUGUGAUGUAAGAAUAAACAUUCUGAUAUAUUGUAAUAUCUUUGAAAUAAAAACAGAUUAAAUUUUUAUGACUUCUUUGCCUCCCUUCUUACAUUCAGAUAUUACUAAACAUACAUAAUGUAUAUGACAUAUUGUUUCAUAAAUUAGCACUGAAGUUCCAUGUUAAACUCGAAAUUAAAAACCAAAAUCUCUGUAAAAAUCCAUUUAAUGCAAGCUAAUUAGUAGCUUCAGUAGAAUUACAUUUGACCUAAAGAUUUAGUUUUGUUUGGACAAGUGAAUAGAUGAGAAAGUUGCAUUUAAAAAAGUAGUGUUUAAUUUUGUUGAAAGUGCUACUGGGUCUUGGGUUUGCAUGGGACUCUUAGUUCACUAUAGUAUGGAGUUGAUCGUACAGUUCAGCCUUCAUGAUUUACUUUUUAAAAAACUUUCAGUUUAUGUAAUACAUUCUUAUUUUUACUUUCUUGGGUCUGCUUAUGCAGUAUAGAAAAAGUACAAUAAAACUUCAUUUAUACAUUUUUCAGAUGAGUGAAGGGGAAAGAAUUUUGAAAAUAAUUUAAUAUUAGAGCAUUUGCUUUUUUCUGCACUUAAAGCAAAUAAAGUUAACUUCCCACCUCCACCCCAAUAAUGUAACAGCCACAUAAUCGCCCACAUUACUUGAGUUCCCAAGAAUUUCAUACAAAUAAGUUAAUGUUAACUGUGGAAUGUCGACAAACAUAACGCGGAUAUUGGGGAGUUCUUUCACCCUCUUGUUUACUUUUUUCUGCACUUAAAGUAAGAA